AGACAACGGUACGGAAACGAAAGCGACAGCACAUAGGGUUUGUCCGAGUAUGGAAGGAUUAGUACUCAGCAUCUAACCUAGGGUUUCCUCUUUCAUCAUUAAUCUCACACCUACCUACACUGAGGAUCUCAAUUUCAUCCACAAAUAUAGAAGAAGAAGAAGAAGAAGAAGAAGAACACACUCUCCACUGCGUGUUUCUGCGUGCUAAGCAAAAAAUGGUGUCCAAUUACCUUCUUCUCGAAGAGCCCAUGAGGAUGGCUUCCAUUCUCGAGCCUUCUAAGCCUAAUUUCUUCCCGGCAAUGACAAAGAUUGUGGGGACACUUGGCCCGAAUUCGCGGUCGGUCGAGGUUAUUUCUGGCUGUCUCAAGGCCGGAAUGUCUGUUGCUCGAUUUGAUUUCUCGUGGGGCGAUGCUGAAUUUCACCAAGAAACGUUGGAGAACUUGAAAGUGGCCAUCAAGACAACAAAGAAGCUCUGUGCGGUAAUGCUUGAUACAGUGGGUCCAGAGCUGCUAAUUGUAAACAAAUCCGAGCAACCUAUUUCCCUUGAGGAAGGUACUUUGGUUGUCCUAACGCCCGAUCAAGAUAAACAAGCUACUUCAAAUUUACUUCCCAUUAAUUUCAGUGGAUUAUCCAAGGCGGUAAAGAAGGGAGACGAAAUUUUCAUCGGCCAAUACCUUUUCACUGGAGGUGAAACAACUUCAGUUUGGCUGGAGGUAUCUGAGGUGAAAGACGAGGAUGUAGUUUGUAUGAUCAAGAAUUCUGCCACAUUGGCCGGGCCAUUAUACACAUUGCAUGUGUCUCAGAUUCGAAUUGACCUUCCUACCCUCACCGAUAAAGAUAAGGAGGUUAUAAGCACAUUUGGACUUCGAAACAAAAUAGACUACCUUUCACUUUCGUAUGCUCGACGGGCAGAAGAUGUUAGACAUGCACGUGAUUUUCUUUCUAAAUUGGGUGACCUCAGUCAGACACAGAUUUUCGCGAAGAUUGAGAAUGUCGAGGGAUUGAUUCAUUUUGAUGAAAUUCUACAAGAAGCAGAUGGCAUAAUCCUGGCUCGUGGAAACCUCGGAAUCGAUCUCCCCCCAGAGAAGGUAUUUUUAUACCAAAAGGAAGCUCUUUACAAAUGCAAUAUCGCGGGAAAACCAGCAGUGGUCACUCGUGUUGUAGACAGUAUGACAGACAACCUAAGACCUACUCGUGCAGAGGCAACCGAUGUCGCAAAUGCUGUGCUCGAUGGUACCGAUGCAAUUCUUUUAGGGGCAGAAACAUUGCGUGGAUCAUACCCCAUCGAGACAAUAUCAACAGUUGGUAGAAUUUGUGCUGAGGCGGAAAAGGUUUACAAUCAGGAACUCUAUUUCAAGAAGACUGUCAAGCAUGUAGGCGAACCAAUGACGCACAUGGAAUCAAUAGCUUCCUCAGCUGUCCGUGCUGCUAUCAAGGUGAAAGCUUCUAUGAUUAUCUGUUUCACAUCAUCGGGAAGAGCUGCAAGGUUGAUAGCUAAGUACAGACCUACAAUGCCGGUUUUAUCCGUCGUGAUUCCACGUCUUAAGACAAAUCAGCUCCGUUGGACCUUUACCGGUGCUUUUCAGGCUAGGCAAUCUUUGAUAGUGAGAGGGCUUUUCCCCAUGCUUGCAGAUCCUCGACAUCCGUCUGAAUUCUCAAACGCAACAAACGAGUCCGUUUUGAAGGUAGCUCUUGAUCACGGUAAGGCAUCUGGGGUUAUAAAACCGCACGAUCGUGUUGUGGUUUGCCAGAAAGUUGGUGAUGCAUCUAUCGUCAAGAUCAUCGAGCUUCAAGAUUAGAUUUUUUUUAUUGAUUAAUUCCACUUAAUUGUUGUUGUGCUUUUAUUAUGAAAACUUUAGAUAUUAUUAUUAUUAAUCCUAUUUCCAAGAACUCUAUUCCU